GGUCCCAGAAGAGAGUAGGAGCCUCACACACACAUACACACACUCACAGAGACGCUCAUGUCAGCUCCCUCUGUUUUACUUUGUGGAAUAGUAGUGGAUUACUUUCCAAACUGAGCCACUCACUGAGUAGAUCCAAGCAUGAUCAGGUGGCAGCGUGUUGGGGCAGUGUUGAAGUGUGAGAUGAACCAUGGAGGGGUGCAGGAGGCCAGUCACUAGCCGAGCCAGCAGCAGCCUCACAACCACCAGCAGCAGGAGAAGCAGUAGCACAGAUCGGCCCCGGAGCAUGCAGCUGGGCUCUCAAUAGCACCAAGUGGACCCGGUCCUCUCCUCUUCACCUGGGGGCCAGGGCUGCAGAAUGCUCAGUCCUGUCACCCCAUACAGUCUGUUGAAGAUGCACUGGUCUCCGGAGCACGCUGCCCCCUUAUCUCAGUGGCCUGAGCAGCACCUUGAUGUCACCUCCACCACCUCGCCCCCGUCUGCCCACAAACACGACCCCUACUCUACCGCUGCUCGCCGUGGCUUUGGCCCAACGGGUUACCCCUGGGCCAGUGAUGACAUAUCAGCCCUCACUGCUUCUUCUCUGCUGAAACGCUAUGCAGAUAAAUACUCUGGCCUGGAGCUGUCCUACGACCGCCCCCCUGCUGGAGCCUACUCAGAGCCUGGACCUUUCCUGAAAACAGAGCCCGAGGUCUGGGCUCUGGGUCAGAGCAUGGAGUGUUACCCUGGACUAGAGGCAUUAACUGGCACCAAGUCGGGUUCUGCCUCUGGGGGCAUCCCAGCCACAGGAAGUGUAACAGUCAUAAGUAGCCACUUGGCGUCUGAGCCCAGCUACAGUAACGCUAGCUCCUGUAAUGCCCCGUCAGCUCAGGAAUACCCUCCUGCCUACAACAGCACCUACCUGUCCUCAGGAUACUGCCCUCAGCCAAGCGCAGCACUUCCCCCCUCCACGCUACACUCGCUGCAGGCCACACCCACUCUAGUGCCCAGCUACAGCGCAAGCACUCCUGUCUACAACUACCCUCCUGGGUGCUACCCCCAAACCAGCCUGUCCUCUGGAUACAGCCACCCAAGUGCCUCCUACCUGCCCUCUGGCAUUAGUGCCCCGACUCCUCUGGCCCCUCGGCCCACCAUGUUGGGGGGGAGUUACAGCUAUGUUUCUCACAGUCUUGGGGGGAGCUCCGAGGCAGGGGCGCCACUGAAACGCAAGGCUUUCGAGAUGGUGGAGGAAGGACAAGAGGGAGCUGAGGUGGAGGGAUCACGCUACAGAAAGUACGGCAACGGAAACAGUCAUAGCAAGAGCCACGGCAACCUGCACGCCAACGGCUAUGAUAUUGGCUGCCCUGCCCCAGAUCCACAUGCCUAUAAAUCUGGAAAGCCUCUGAUGUCGCCCCCGUAUGGCGGGGCAGGGGAAUACAGCCCACAAUCGGGCCUUUCAGGAGAGAGUGUAUCAGGGGAGCACAACUUUCCUCAGCAGCAGCAGCAGAGAAUGUCCAUGAAGAUACCUGCCCCGCAAACACGGUCUGAGGACCCAGCUGGAGGCCGCUGACACUCUCUGCCACUAAUGGAGAGGAUUCCCUCGCUCUUAUGAAGCAACCAGAGUUUUUAAUCCAGGCAGAUUUGGGGGAAUGGUAUUAGAUUUAUCACCGAAAGAUUUAAUUUCACUACAAACACAAGAUGGCACAAGACUGGUAUUUUCCGUGCGUCUUUUUUUUUCAUCACUCAUGUUUUUUCCAAAGAUUCACAGGGGCCUUUAGCCCCCGUAAGGUGGAGGUAAGUCUUAGGGGUGAGGUCGAGGCAUUCUUAUAUGGAUAUUAUUAAGACAGUCUAUAUGUUUGAGUGUCUGUUUCUCUCAGGAUCCUAUUUAUUUCCUUUCUGCUGCUGUGGUAACAGCACUGCAAUGUUGCAGUUGUUUGAAGUCAGUGUAAUUAUUUGUGGCCGUUCUGUGUGUGACAGGCCUUUGACUGCAAUAUGUUCUACCACACCACAGAAAACAAAAAUCAUUACUGACCAAAAAAAGUAAGGAGAGCAAUAACUGAAACGGUGAGAUUGCCACACUUCUUCAGCACAAUCACUGCUACUUUACACAGCUCACUACACAACCUGUGUCACUCGAGAAAUGAAUGUUUCCCUGCUUUUUCCCGUGAACAUAUUCUUAACCUUUCUUUCUUCUCUGUUUUGCCGCCUCAGCGGCUUUUGUCUGUUUCCAGUUCAAGCACACCAAGCUGCUAAUCAAACGAUCACAUGAUAGUAUACAUGAAGCCGCCCUUCAGAAUGUUUUCACCUCAGGAAAGUGUGGAGAAAUAAUCUAAAUGUAAAUGUUCAUUUAAAACGUUUUUUUUUUUUUUGCAUUCACAAAAUGACAUUAUACAGAUUUAUGCAGACCGUGUGUUGUCUCAAUGAUAAUACCUGUUCCAGUUUAUGCAUCUACUUAACCAAAAAACAAACAAAUAGGGCACGCUGUACACACACGAUUGUCUUGUUCCUCUAGUAGAAAUAUAAAAAGAAAAAAGGAAGCGGUAAGGAAAAAAAUGUCUUAAAGCUCAGGUGGUAAUCCUGGAAAAGCUAGCAAACUUUGUUGUUUCAGGAACAAAUCACCAAACCUGGCUUUAAUCCAUAUCUUCACCAAUCCCAUCGAUUUAGCAGUUUUUGCAUAAUCCUGCUAACAAAUAAGCCAACAAGCAGACAAAGGGGAAAAUGUAAUCUUCUUGGUGGAGGUAAUUACCACGCUUGAGUUUUCUUUCUGCUCAAAUUCACGCAGAGCCAACUUGUUGAAGGUGAAUGAGCCUGUUUGGAUGCACAGACCAGUGAAUGAGUGACCUGCAGAUUUCUAUAAAUGCGUCUGGGUGAGAACAUCCAACAACGUCAACAUAAAUUUCUUUAUGAAGACCUGCUUGUCCUCUAGGAUUUGCUUCUUCUUUUUUCUAAAUAUGCAUUGUCUUUACCUUUGCCUCUGAAAGGAUGAUUUAUAGUUGUGUUAUUGAAUACUCAGGAAGAAUAUUGUUACCUCAGAAUGAUAAAAAAAAAAAAAGAAUGUAUGUUAUUACCUUUGGGUGUUUGUAAGGAGCUUUAUGGAGCAAGAUGAAAAUGGAGCCAUGGCUUUGUCAAAGAGAAAAAGAUACUCUGAACACUUCAGGGAAAUAAUGAACUCACAAGGCCUUUGAUACAAACCGUAGAAUACACACACACAGACACACACAUAUACACACACAGACAUAUAUACACACACAAACACAUGCACACGCACACGCUGCUUCUUAGCUCUGGGGGAAUUAAACUUGAGGUUUUUGUACCAAGGCCUGAAAUGUUGAAUGUAAUUCAGAUAUUUUUUUUAAAAAGGACAAUACAUGCCAUAAUGUACAUCGAUUUAUGUUUUUAGAUAUAUGAAACAUAUUUUCUUCUUGAAUAGAUGUAAUUCUCUUCUAGGUUUGUGAUGGAGCAAUGAAUGACAUGUUAAGUGUUAGUGUAGUUAGCAGUGGGGCAACGGUUUUGUGGACAAAAAUAAAAAGUCAAAGCAAAGCACUCCUGAUAGAUGACAUUCGACAUAUCAAGACACACAGUAUGUACCAUGCUCCAUAACAGGUAUUUUCAUUAAUUGUCUUAAUACAGUGUCCAGCUUCCAUUUCCCAUGUCAGUAUUGCAAAACUACUUCACGGCACGUCACCGGUCAAUCAGCUGGAACUUAGCUUUAACAUGAAUUGACACCAAGUGAAUUGUGACGGAUGUGCACUGUAAAAAGUACAGUCACAACUUUAAAUCCUUUUUUUGCGGCUGUGAUGUUUCAUCCCAUCAUGAAUUGUGCCAUACCGUUGUAUUUUGUGCAAAGAGAAGCCGCUUGGAGGCUGAAACAAAACCAAACUCCUGCCUAAACGCAUGAUCCCCUUUUAAUAGUAAGAUUUUUUUAGGCCAAGAUGCAACUUCAGAUUUUAGUCUGAAAUCCAGUGUGGCCAAACAAGUACUUUAAUGCCUCUUUUUGGGGAAAAAAAGCACAUUCAUUAAAAAAAUGUAAACUUAAUCAGAGGGUUAAACUGAUUUUGCUUCAAAUUAUGCUGAGGAAGAAAAUGAAUAAAUUGAUGUAAAGCAUUUAAUGGUGUAUUCUUACCCCAAGAUUUUAAAAGUGUUUAAGCGCUUAGCUUCAACAAUUGAAUGCUCUUCAAUACCACACAGAGAAUUUGCUCUACAUUAACCCACACGCUGCGACAGACGAUGGACUAUUCACUGUUUAUUCAUGGAAGUAUGUGGAGUUGAGUUUGUCCACAAGAUCAAGAAAUGGGAUUUCAGUGUUAUGACUUUUGUGAUUCAGUUGUUCUUUUGUUGUAUCUUGUUCAUUUUCUGUAACCACUUCUACCUCAUUCUGAAGACGAACAUUGAAAUAUUUAUUUCAUGUCAUUUCACUAACCAGUUUUAAGGAGCAAUGUUUCGAAUACUUGACCUGUUCUAGUCUACCUCACUAAAGACUGUUGUGUCAUGGAAAUGAAGAUAUACCAAAAAAAUAAUCUGACUUUG